AUGUUUUAUCCACUGGAACUGCCCACAGUACGUCGUCCUCUUUACAGGGAUUACGGCGGCAAAUCGGGACUCAUUCAGACGCAGCAGGAUGCCAGAAAGGGCAGGCGUUUGGGUAAACUAUGGCACUUUAUGCUGCCAUAUCUCAAGGACUACGCAGCGGAGUCCUCCGUGCACGGCAUACGAUAUCUGGCCGAUCCCAAGAUGAGAAAUUUGUGGCACCUCAGGGUGAUUUGGCUGCUGAUUCUGGUGGCCACCAGCAUAGGUGCCAUAGUGGUUUACGUGGACCUCAACGAACUGUACCAAACGGUGCGCAUACAGACCACCAUUAGGAACACGAUGCUGCCGAUUUUCCGCAUACCAUUUCCCUCGAUUGGAUUCUGUCCCAGGAACCGCCUGAACUGGAGGGCACUGGAGAACGAGGCAGUUCAUCACUUCCUGGGCGCCAACGUGUCUGCUGCCCAGAAGGACGUCUUCGUAAAGUUCUUCACUGCGGCAGGCGAUCCACACUUGUCGCGCCUGAAUGAAAUGUCCAACUUCUUUAUGAAUAAAACUCUGACUGAUGAGCUGCAUAUGCUAGACCAUCUCGACCUUCGUGAGGUCUAUAAAUUCAUUCAGUUCAAGUGCCAGGACUUGUUUCACAUCUGCCGCUGGCGGGGCAACGAAGUAAACUGUUGCGAGGUCAUUGAAUAUCAGUUUACAGAGGCCGGAUUGUGUUUUGUCUUCAACACGGAGAUCAGUCCGGCAUCGCGACUUAAAGCUAAGGAGGAUAAAUACUAUCCCCUGCGCACCCCGCACUAUGGCGAAGGGACUGGCCUGGAUGUCUUCAUCCGGCUCAACAGAUCCUACAUUCGUCCUGGGAAGCGGGGCAUCAAUGUGAUGAUCAAGCAGCCGCAGCAGUGGAGCGACGUGGUGCGCCAUGUGCCACAUGAAGCCCACACCAGGAUCAGCAUAACUCCCCGAUUCACGGUCACGGACGAACGAACCCGGUCGGUGACGCCGGAGGUCAGGAGAUGCAUCUUUGGCGAUGAGGUCGACAAUCCGCAAUACAAGAAUUUUCCGGAUUUCCAAUACUGGGUGGGGAACUGCCGGAGCAGGUGCCAUCAGGAACAUGUCAUCAAUCUGUGCAAGUGCUCUCCCUCCAUCUUUUUUCCCGUCUCUGAUAAAGAUAACUUCACUACUUGCAAGGCCUCGGACUUCAAGUGCCUCUACGAAAACAGAAUUACCUUCAGCAUUGAACGGCAUCCCGAGGAGGACGACUUUGUUAGGAAUCCCUUCAAGGAGAGCAUGAUCUGUGACUGCUUCACCAGCUGCACUCAGCUAGUUUUCGACCGGGUUUACACCACCACCACUCUGGAUAAUAAUGAAGCGAACACCGAGGCGGGUACAAUGCGUUUGGAUAUUUUCUUCCAGUCCGGUUGGUUUAUCCAGUAUCAGACAAUUAUGAGAUUUACCUUUGUGGAACUACUGGCUAGCUUUGGUGGCAUAAUCGGCUUAUUUUUAGGCGCCUCCUUACUGAGCGCCUUUGAAUUGGCCUACUACUUCUCAAUUGGGCUCUAUUUGUACAUUCAUGGCAAGAGAAAGUUAAAGAAGCCGGAACCUCACGUUGUAACUAUUCCAUUUGGCCAGAGAAAGAUAACACCCAUUAAGUUUUGA